UUGCUCUCCGGGCUGUCAAAACGCGGCUGGUCCUCGCCUUCCCAUCCGGCCCGAAGGUUCGGCGCGGUUCACAGCAUAAUGACGGAGCACAGCUUCGCGUUGCCGGUGGUCCUCUUCUCCGUCUUCUGGGGUCUCGUGGGAUUCGCGGGGCCGUGGCUUGUGCCGAAGGGACCCAACCGGGGAGUGAUUAUCACCAUGUUGGUGACCACUGCGGUUUGCUGCUAUCUCUUCUGGCUUGUAGCAAUCCUGGCCCAAGCUAACCCACUCUUUGGACCCCAGCUGAAGAAUGAGACUAUCUGGUAUGUGCGCUUCCUCUGGGAGUGACCUGGACUGCCACAGACUCAUUUAACAGGCUUUUUUUGAUGCCGGAUGGCAGCUCCAUCCUUUAUUCCGUCCACUAAGCUCAGUAGCUCUUUGACAGCCCAACAUCCCCACAGCAAUAGGGUCAGCAAAGAACCCUUUUAUGUACCAAACCAUCCCCUUCCUUACCAUUGUCAUUGAUGCCUUUUCAGGCACCUAAUUUUGCUGUGAAGACCCUAAUAAGGCCCCCUACUCUGGUAGGUGGAGGAAACUAUUGUUUUAAAAUUCCCCUGAACAAGAGCUAAGAUUGAAUUUCUGAUGAUGGAGCUCUGCAACACUUCCUUUGCCAAGAGACAAGAUACAUUCUUUUCCUUGCAAAUGGUAAUGCCAGCCCCAUAAGCCCCUUCUUGCAUUUUCUUAUGUCCUCCCUCUUCCUCUGUACUGGUUACCUACUGUAUAUGAAUGUAUUGAUUGUAAAGCUGUGUUGUGAAAAUAAAAAUUUUACUAUGUGAUCUUUCCCUA